AUGCCGUCGUCCGCCCUCGCGACCGCGCCGUCGACGCCGCGGCGACCCGUCGUCGGCGCCGCGAGCGCGCAGCCAGGGGGGCGAAAAAACCGCGUUGUUAGGCGACGAUCGCGACCGACGCGCGCGUCGUCGUCGACGACGCCCAUCACGAACGAGGACUGGGAAGCGUCCUCCCCGAUCGCGUUCGACGCCUCGCUCGACGACGCGCUCGCGUGCGACAAGGUGGUCGUCCUCGGCGCGCGCGCGUCGCUGACGUCCCCCGCGCUCGUCGACGCGCUCCCGCCUCCGAUCGCGGCGGUGUGGACGGACGCGGUUCGGCUCACCCCCGCGGGCGACGGCGGCGGGAAGCGAUCGCUGAUGGUCCGCGUCGAAACAAACGGCGAGGACGGAGGGAGCGGAACCAGGCUCGUGGAGGUGGUCGUGGGCGUGCUCCCGCCGAGCGUGAGCCGUCACAACUGCAGCGCCGCGCCGUUCGCGGUGAGCACGAUUCUCGCCGGCGUAUCCGCGCCCGCUGACCCGGCGCGCGCGCUGGGUAUCGUGACGGCGCUGCGGCGCGACGCGGACGCGAUCCCGAUCGCGACCGCGGUCGCGCGAUGCUUCCCGCUGUACACCGCGAAGAGCGUCGCGGGGAGGGACACCGCGGAGGGCCGCGGGAAGAUCGCGGAGAGGGGGCGCGUGCGCGUCGCGAGCGUCGUCGUCGGAAAAGACGCGACGGUCGCGUCGGAGGUCACGCCGACGUCGGAUGCGGCGGCGGCGGCGGCGGCGGCGGCGGCGCGCGGCGUUCGGUUCGCGGGGCGGCUGGUGGACGCCCCGCCCGCGGCGAUGGACCCGGACGCGAUCGUGCGCGAGGCUGAGGCGGUCGUCGCGAGGCUGCGCGCGACGCUGGCGAGCGACGGGGGCACGGGGGCUACGAUCUCGUCCGACGUCCUGCGGUACGACGCGUUGAAACGCGGCGGGUUCGGGGGGCUCGUCGCCGUCGGCGACGCCGCCGCGAGGGACGGGCGCGAGCCCGCGCUCGUGCACGUCAAGUACACGCCGCCUCCUCCGAGCGGCGGCGAAAGCGACGCGCGACGAGUCGUCGCGCUCGUCGGGAAGGGCAUAACGUUCGACACCGGGGGGUUACAGAUCAAAGGGAAGAGCGGGAUGCCCGGGAUGAAAUCGGACAUGGGCGGCGCCGCGGCGAUGCUCGCCGCGUUCGAGGCGGUGUGCGUCCUCCGACCCGCGCAUCUGCGCGAGCUGCAUUUGGUCCUCUGCGUCGCGGAGAACGCCGUCGGCCCCGCGGCGUUUCGCCCCGACGACGUCGUCGUCCCGCUCAGCGGCCGAACGAUCGAGGUCAACAACACGGACGCGGAGGGGCGCGUCGUCCUCGCGGACGGCGUCGCGUUCGCGUCCGGGCCCAUCGUCCGAGCGGACGACGUCAUCGACAUGGCGACGCUGACGGGCGCGCAGAUGGUCGCCACGGGGAGGCACUUCGCCGGGAUCGUGUCCGACGACGAGGCGAUGGAACGCGCGUGCGAGGACGCGGGGCGACGCAGCGGCGAUCUGUGCCACGCGCUGCCGUACGCGCCGGAGUUUUUCACGAGAGAGUUCAGCAGCAAGGUCGCGGACAUGCGGAACAGCGUGAAGGAUCGGUCGAACGCGCAGGCGUCGUGCGCGGGGCAGUUCAUCGCGAAUCAUCUGGACCCGGGGUGGGGGAAAAAGUCGAGCGCGGGCGGCGGCGGUGGCGGCGACGACGACGAGGGCGGCGGCGGCCUCGUGAAGACGCGGCGGUGGCUGCACGUGGACAUGGCGGGCCCGUCCACGGAGAAGGGCUCGGGGCGGGGGACCGGGUACGGCGUGUCGCUGCUCGUCGAGCUCCUGACCGGGUCGUUCUACCGCUGA